AUGGAUUCUGUCGCUGAUAGCACCCUUGUUUCCAAAGCUGUAGCACAGCCUUCGCCGCAUCAUGCUGUGAUAAAGCGUGAACAUGAGCAGGAAAGAGAAAGACAAAUAGAAGCCGAAGCAGAGGCAGAAGCAGAGGCAGAAGCAGAAGCAGAAACAGAAAUAGAGCCUGGGGCCAGCACGGGCCUCAGCAGCAGCAGUAGCAACCGUUCUGAAGGAAAUGAUAGUAGAAAUACGCCGUGUAAUUCCAGUUCGAACUCGAAUACCCCGGGGAUUGUGCCGAUUCCCAGGAAGUCGCGGAUCAUCAAGACUGAUAGACCAAGACCGUACCUGUGCCCGACUUGUACGCGGGGUUUCGCAAGACAAGAACACUUGAAGAGACAUGAACGGUCGCAUACCAACGAAAAGCCGUUUUUGUGCGCAUUUUGCGGGAGAUGUUUCGCAAGAAGAGAUUUGGUGCUUAGACACCAGCAGAAGCUUCACGCCUCGUUGAUGGACCAGGACAAGAACCCCGACAUCAUCAUGGCCUCGAAAGAAGUCAAGGUGAACUACUCAGCACGGCAUAUUAUUAAGAAGCCGGGCAACAAAGAAACAGUCCUGCCGACUCCUGCGAUGUCUGUACCGCAACUGGAGCAUAGUAUGUCGAUGGGCUCCGCCCGUAAGACGUCCUCCAAACAGCUGCAGGUACCAUUGUUGCCACAUCUGCUACUGCCACUCCAGCAGCAACAGCAGCAGCAGCAACAACAACAACAACAACAAGAACAACAACAACAGCAGCAGCAGUCACCGGAUGAACAACAACACUCGCCUGUACACUCUGAGGAUCCAAACCUGCAUGCCCCAAAGAAAAGGAAGAGACACGCUUCCUUCUCUGCUUCCACCAACAUCUCCUACACCCAGAGGAAGGACGUCCCGCAGCUUUUCGACACGGAACAGAAUAACGUUCCACAUCAGGUAGGCUUCUCGACGCCUCAACUAACUGCCCAGGAACUGACCGAUAAAGCUCUAGAAUCCGGAUUAAACAUAGACUUUUUGGAACCACCCGAGUUCAUGCUCUCCGACCCUAGCGUGCAGCCCGACCUCAAACCCAAACAACCAGGUGUGAACGAUAUAACAUUCAACAGAAACAGCCAAAUACCUCCUGGAGAGUCAUCUUCGAAAAUUCAUAACGCCUCUCAAAGAAACGAUGGCAUGCAAUUGGAUCUCGGACAGGUCUCUAAAGACCUACACAAUAAACACCAGUUCCCGGCUGGGCUUACUCCCCUCAUCUCGGAUAUGCUCACGAUGAGAUCUGCCACCGCAGGUGUCGGUGGUUUCGUGGACUUGAACGCCGAACAGAACCUAGACUACUUCAAUUAUAAAGACAACAACGACGAACCGCAUCAUGGACAGCACCUUUCAGCAGGAGCAAACAGAAUGAAUAUUCAAGAGCCAGAUAAUUAUAAACAAAAGGAAACUCCUACUACUGCUACUACUACAUCUACAGUUUCAGGAUUCCACUCUCAAAAUGGUAACGCGGAUGGAAGUGGUGUAAGUAUGCCUAACAUGAGUACCUCCCAUAAACAAACUUCUGAACUCAUUCAUGAAUUCAUUAGUAACAUGGGCCCUCAAAAUCCUGAAGUUCAACAUGACAACAAGACUAGUAGCAACAUAAAUACCCAACAACACUUUAUGAAAGGUCAAGAUUCUCAGCGGCAGGACCAGGUAUUAGAUCUUUCAGGAAAAAGAAGUAGUAGCCAACAACAACAGCAGCAACACCUCUAUAACCCAGAAGAUGAGCAUUGGCUAUCUGAAUUCAUCAAUACCCAGAUCGACGGUAAUUUCAAGGUCAACAUGACAAGCUUCAAUGAAAUUGGUUUCCCAGCAACAACAUCGUCUCACAGAAACUCAUUCUCAAUUAGCUCAAAUACUCAACAUUCGUCUCCUAGUAAGAAUGCAGGGCCAUUAAAUGCCCAACAAAUGGCUAAUACACAGUUACCGCAAGCUUUACCGAAUUCUAAGUUCACGAUUGGGUCGCCAAAGUUUAUGCGUGACGCUCCUACAAGUGCUCCUUUAAGUAAAACACCAUCACAAUCCUUUUCUCCAGAUAUUUCCACUCUCUUUAAAUCGAGACAAGUUGACUUGUUUAAGAAAAUAAUGGAUAAAAACGGAAUAGCUACUCCGGGAUUAUCUCCCAAUUCAAUUUCCAAUGGCGCUAAACCAAAGAAGGGCACCAGACUGGUUUUUUUCGAUGAAGUUUUACGUCAAAAGAUCUUGUUGGAGAAUAACUUACUUUCGACCCAAUUCCCAACGUUGGAAGAGUUGAACACAUAUGCAAAUCUUUACCAAGAUGAAUUUCACAUGUAUUUCCCAUUCAUUCAUCUACACAGCAUCAAACCAUCAAUGCGUAUUUACCCUCUUUUGUUGUCAAUAUGUGUUAUUGGUGCUUUGUACGGUUUCCAUUCCUCUCAUGCUAUGCUUCUUUUCAACAUUUCACGGUUCCAUAUCAGAGAAUACCUCGAAAGAACUAAGGAUCACCAUCACGAAACACCUCUUUGGGUCAUUCAGUCUAUGGUUCUUUUGAUCUUUUUGGGAAUUUUCAAUAAUGAUAUGAGCAUUACACAAACAAUGAAUACCCAAAUCAUGUCUUUGAUCGAACUAGUUAAACUAAAACAAUUGAACUUACCUCUAGAAAAUAUUAUGCCACUCCCAAUAGAGAGUGAUCAUAUAUUAGAAUAUCAAGAUUAUCCAGAAUUGCAAGAACAAAUAAGAAAGCAGUAUAGAACAAAAGAACAAAUGGAAAAGAACUUCCAAUAUUUUAUUAAAGCUCAAUCUAGAAUCAGAACAUGCCAUACAAUUUUGUUGAUUUCCAAUUUGUUCACUUCUUUGGUUGGAUUGGAUUGCUGCUUCCAUUCCAUUGAUUUGAAAUGCGGUAUUCCCUGUUACAAUGAACAGUUGUACUUCUGUGAGAAUUCUGUAGAAUGGACAGAACUAUUGAAAAAUGAUAACAUUGAAUUAGAUUCUAAAUUUUCGUUAAUUCAAUUGUCCAAUGGUGAUGAAACAUACAAGAACUGCUUGAUCUACUUAACGAACGGACACCAAUUCUUUUAUGACAACAAGAAAGUCUCAUUCAAGACGCUUUUGUCCCUUCUCAUAUCGAUACACGAAAAGAUUUUCCUUGAGAGAUAUCAUCUCAAGAGAGAAACAAACAUCCAAAUUAUUGAAAUGAAAUGGAGAAUGCAUUCACGCCCUAUUAUAGAAUCUCUAAUAAAGUUCUGGGAAGCUCUUUAUUUGAAGAACGGGGGCAUUUUGCAACCAAACGAGAAUAAUAUCGAAUUAAUAAACAAUAAUCCGGCUUUGCGUUUGAUCAUUCCAUUGCACUCGUUUGCAAAAAUGAGAAAAUGUAUCAGUUUAACAUCUGUGAUGAAUAAAAUCUGGCUAAAGGAUUGGCAAGCAAUGAAUAUUGAUCUCGAGAACUCGUUUUCUGAUUGGGACUCUUUGAGAGAAGCUACUGAUUAUGGUCUGAAUAUUGUCAAGUUUUGGAUUGACACAGUGUCUAUCGUAAAGAACGCAGAGAAGACAUCAAUCAGAACGCCUAUUUUCUCCAUAACAUGUAUUUUUUCAGCAAUCUUGACCAUUGCAGAAUUCUUGAAAAGAAUGGAAAGAAAAGCAUUGACUUGGAAACAUAACCAACUACAGCCAACUUCAAACACUUCCAACUCUACUUCGUUUAUGAACUAUGUGGAUAGAACUAUUUGGUUGAAAUCGGAAAUGAUUUUGAAAAAAGUCGAAACUCAUUUACUUCCUAAGGGAUACAAUAUGCAGUCAUAUGCAGAAUUCCUUAGAAUCCAAGCCAACGGAGCCUUGGACGUAGAAGUUUUGGACGACGAACUAGCCAAACGUGCAAUGGAUCCAAAUACGGACAUACACGAAACAAUGCAAGUCGUUCAAAGAGCCCGUCUUUCUUCAAGAUCACUGUACCUGGGUGUCAGAAUUCUAGGCGAUGCUCCUAUCUGGCCAAUUGCUCUUUUAUUUGCCCAUGCACUUCAAGCAAGAGCAAUAUACAACGUGUCACACCCUUCACAGUACCAAACAUGA